AUGCGACUGCUUGAUUGCGACAACGACCAAUUUCGGUUGAUAAAGGCGCCAGCUGGUGCCAUACCCAGAUAUGCCAUUCUAUCUCAUACAUGGGACUUAGAUUCCCAAGAGGUCACUUUUAGAGACCUGGUCGACGGCACUGGGAUUGAGAAGACUGGUUACGACAAGAUCCGGUUCUGUGCGGCACAAGCGAGACGUGAUAGCCUACGAUACAUAUGGGUAGAUACCUGCUGUAUCGACAAGGCAAAUAAUACUGAGCUUGCAGAGGCAAUCAACUCCAUGUAUCGUUGGUAUCAGAACGCAGCUCGAUGCUAUGCUUAUUUAUCGGAUGUUAUAGACUUUGAGACAAAUAGUGAUAGCCAGCAGUCUCAGUCUAUAUGGGAGUCGGCUUUUCGGAGAAGUAAAUGGUUUACUCGAGGCUGGACGCUGCAAGAGCUUCUAGCACCAGCCUCGGUCGAGUUCUUCACAAAGAAUGGCCUACGGCUUGGUGACAAAAGGACUCUUGAGCGACAAAUUCACGAAAUAACAAAUAUUGGGGUUCAGGCGCUCCGAGGAAACAACCUUUCAAUGUAUAGCGUUGAGGAACGGUUCACAUGGGCUGAGACACGACAGACCACUCUUGAAGAAGAUUGGGCGUAUUGCCUUCUUGGUAUAUUCGGUAUAUUUAUGCCGUUAAUAUAUGGCGAAGGGAAGAUAAAUGCAGUUCGUCGGCUCAAAAAAGAGAUUACCGAUGCCAAGAGCCACGACGAUGGCCCUAGUAGCCAAACAACUGAGAACUGUACUUGGAUCGUACCGUUUGAACGGAAUCCCUCUUUCACCAGCCGCGAGUCUGAUCUAAAAAGGCAUCGCCACAUGCUUUUCCCAGGGCAGCAUACUGCGAAAGUCGCAAUCUCUGGACUUGGUGGAGUCGGCAAGACGCAGCUCGCUCUUGAACUGGUCUAUCGAAUCAAGGAUGACCAUAAAAAUUGCUCAGUCAUAUGGAUUCCAGCAACCAGCAAGGAAAGUUUAGGACAAGCAUAUCGCAAUGCCGCCGCGAAGUUGGGUAUUUCCGGAUAUGAUGACGCAAAAGCAGACGUAAAAAGGCUUGUACAAAACCACCUGAGCAGUGAGAGCGCAGGCCAGUGGCUUUUGGUGUUUGAUAAUGCUGACGAAAUCGGCAUGUGGGUUGACCAGCCUUUACAGGAAUCUAGUCGCCUGAUUGACUAUAUGCCAAAAAGCGUCCACGGGUCCAUCAUCUUCACAACGCGCGACAAGAAAGCGGCAGUUAGGCUCGCGGGUCGGAACGUGGUAGAAUUAUCUGCCAUGAACGAAGAGGAUGGCAAAGAGCUUCUUGAGAAAUGCCUAGUUGAUCAGGAACCUGUUAGUCAACAAGAUGUGGCAGCCCUUCUCGUCCAGCUCAUGUACCUCCCGCUAGCCAUUGUCCAAGCAGCGGUAUAUAUAAAUACCAACGGAAUUAGCUUGGGUGACUAUCUAUCGCUGCUGGAAGAGCAAGAAGAAGAUGUUAUUGAUCUUCUUAGCGAGGAUUUUGAAGACGACGGUCGUUAUGGCGACGUGAAGAAUCCCAUAGCCACUACUUGGCUUAUCUCCUUUGAGCAAAUCCGUCACCGGGAUCCUCUUGCAGCAGACUAUCUAUCUUUUAUGGCAUGCGUAGAUGCGAAAGACAUACCGCAGUCGCUUCUACCACCAGGUCAGUCGCGGAAACAAGAGAUGGAAGCGAUGGGGACGCUGCAAGGAUACUCAUUCAUAGCUAAGCGGUCUGUCGACUCAGCUGUGACUGUCCAUCGAUUGGUGCACUUGGCAAUGAGAAAUUGGCUUCGGAAGGAAGGGCUACUGUCUCAUUGGGCUGGCAAAACUAUCGCAAUAUUGGCAAAGAAAAUGGGAAGCAUCGACUACGACAAAAGAACGUGGAGGUCGUGUAUGCCGCACGCGCAUUACGUUCUCGGGUCGCCGCUGAUUAGCGAAGAUAACAAAGGCAAACUUGAUCUUUUACGAAAAUAUGCAAAAUGCCUGUAUUAUGACGGGAGGUAUCAGGAAGCGGAAAGUGUAUUGGAGCGAGUGAUGGAGAAUCUCAGGAUGAAUCUUGGGGACAAUCACCCUGAGGCUCUACGCAACAUGAGUAACCUAGCAUCAACCUACCGGAGACAGGGUCGAUGGAAGGAGGCUGAAAAGCUAGACCUACAGGCGGUGGAGGGCCUUACGAAGAAAUUUGGGGUUGAUCAUCCCGAUACACUGAUUAGCAUGGGCAACCUAGCAUUAACAUAUCGGAAGCAAAGCUUGUUGGAAAAAGCUGCAAAGCUGCAAGAGCAAGUGAUGGAGGGCCUCAAGACGAAACUUGGAGCGGAUCACCAAGACACACUAAUUAGCAUGAUCAACCUAGCAUCGACACAUAAGAUCCAAGGCCGGUAUGAUGAAGCCGAAAGGCUGGAAUUGCGGGCGAUCGAAGGUUUCAAGACGCAGCUCGGGAUUGAUCAUCCUGAUACUCUGAUUGGCAUGAAUAACCUUGCGAUAACAUACAGAAGACAAAACCGGUGGGAAGAGGCUGAGAAGCUACAGCUACAGCUGGUUGAGAUUUCAAACGAUAUUAGGCCCAAGUCAUCCAAGAACUUUAGCCACGCAAUCAACUCUAAGAGCAUGGCAAAAAGUAAAUAA